GUAACAUACUUUGGUAAAACAACUCUGCCACUCUGCGAUGCGCAAAAUAAAUAAAAAAAAAAAAAAAAAAAAAAUAUAAAAAAAAAAGCUGUUUUACUUUAACAGUUUAUCACUUCUCCCUUUUUACCACUUCCACAUUUCGUGUUGAAACCUUCCCGAGUUGUUUUCCUUUCCCCGCGCGAUACCAUUUUGGGUUGACCCUCUUUUUGCCACUUUCACGUCCCCCCUGCGCUUACCCUUAGCCGCUUUACCUAUCGUGUGCCCCCCGAGUGUUUUGUAAAAUGCCGCGCGUCGAGCUGACCGAGGAGGAAAAGCUGAACAUCCAAAACAAGGACCUCCUCUUUAAGAGGUUUGUUGAGCCCGGAAGGCUCUGCCUCAUCGAGUACGGCCCCUACGCGGGAAAGCUCUGCUUCGUCGUGGACAUCGUGACGCUCACCCGAGUCAUCGUCGAUGGAGCCUUCAUCACUGGCGUCCCCCGCAUGGUCAUUCCCCUGAAGAGGCUGAAGCUCCUAAAGGAAAGAAUCAAAAUAAACAAAAAUUGCAAAUCGGGGUUCCUCCAGAAGACCAUAAAGAGCACCAACAUUCUAGGAGAGUUUAAAAAAUCAAAUUUGGGAAAAAAACUGACCAUUAAGAAGAAGAGAGAUUUGGCCACCGACUAUGAGCGCUUCCAGAUAUACCACGCCAAGAGGGAAUUGAAAAAGAAAAUGAACAUGCUGAAGAGCAAGAAGGACAGCAGCACUAAGGGAGACAAGAAGAAGAAGGCCAAGAAGGUUAAGAAGGCGGUGAAGAAGUAGGCACGCGUAAAAAUAGCAAAGGUGUGGGAUAGCCACCCUAUGUAUGCCUCUCACAGGUGAAGCUGCUGAAUCUCCCUGGUGAAGUCGCCUACUCUCCCAGGCGUCGCCGCUUCCCCCCACCCCAUGCCCUUUUUUUUUAACCGCGAACCGUUUUUCACCGGGGCGCUAUUUUCAAACGUGAAGGAAAAAGCUUAACUCUCCCACGCGCGUGCAUCUUUGCAAAUCGAAACUUUAGCUUAUCGCUCCCAGG